AUGAUAGGAUCUAUGACUGCUGGGGAAGCUUUCUUAUUCUGGCAAAAGGCAGGAUUUACCAUAGAAUUUGAAAUAUAUCAUCAGUCGCCAUAUGGAAACGCAUUUCCUAUCAUUGUUACAGUUACAUCGUUCUUUGCAACAGUAUUUCUACACUUUAUUUAUGCAAGACUCAAUUUUAAACAGUUUAUUUCGUUAUCUUCCAUUUUAUCUGCCAUUUCAUGGUUCAUAAUGACAUAUUCUACGAAAUAUGUAGUCUUAUUAUUGAUGAUUUCGGCCAUACUUUUGGGUGUUUCCAUAUCACUUUUCAACAUUUUAAAUCCAAUUUACUUAUUAAGCCUCGCUACAAGAGAACAGAUCGAUGCAUUCGGUAUUUUACAUCCUAUAGGUAUAAGUUUGGGCUCGAUUGUCUGUAUUUUAUUAGGAAAUUUCAUAAAUUGGAGAUUUCUUUGUUUAAUCUUUGGUUUCAUUUCAACUCUCCAUCUUGUUCUUGUUCAUUUCAUACCAGAUUUUGAUACGCAAUACUUAGAGCAGCUCAAAAAGGCAAGAAUUAGCGAAAGAAAAGCAUCAAGAGUUAAAUCUUACGUUCAUUGCAUAUUUUUAGCCUUUUUACCUUUCUUUGGUGGAUAUUUCGACGAAUUCUUAUCUACUAAUGAAUACCAGUUAUAUAGAAAACCACUUUAUUUAGUUUUAACAAAUGUUUUUUAUAUUUUAAUGUUUUUCGUCACUUUUCUAUUAGUUUAUUACUUCGAAUUCAAGGUAUUAUGGAUUAUUUCGUGUCUCUUAUGUUGUGUCUCACAGAUUGCAUCAGCAGUUCUCACUGGAAUGCAUUUUGAUCAAAAAUUUAAUUUAAUUUGUUAUAUUUUAUUUGUUGUAUCGUUCAGAAUCAGCUUAGAUGUAGCUGGAUGGUCAAUGAUACCUCGUAUUGAUAUUAAUUUGUUGUCUUCUUUGUCUUUAAUUCGAGUUACUUGUUAUGGAAGUUAUUAUGUGUUCAGAUUGAGCGGAAAUCAGUUUAUUUUCACGUUAAUUACUAAGAGUAUAUCAGCUUUAAUAUGUUUUGUCUUGUUAUUCUACAGAAUAUUUAUUUUCCAUGAAGAUAAUGAAAUUGGAGAUGCAGUUUUGACUUCUAACUUGGAAAACAUAUUCGAAUCGAAUCCUGAUAGCUUAACAUCUCAUUUAUUAUAA